AUGGCUAGAAGAGCUAGGCAGAAGUUGCUACUUGGGGUGGUGGCUACUGGAGCUUGGGGCUACUGUGUGAGCGACAAGGGAAAAGCUGUUUGGGCUGCUAAUAUGAGGUUUUUGGGCAGUAAAGAUGCAGCUGGGCCUCAGGGACACAUGAAACUACUGUUUGGAGUAGAUCGAGCGAUGGCUAAUACGGAUCAAUUGGCUUUGAUGGCUCGUAGGGCAGUGACAGCUGCUACUUAUAGCAGCUGUCAUGAGGCUGUUAUGGCUUCAAGUGGAGAAGACGACUAUUGCUGGACAGGAUCAAACGACAACUUAAUAGACUAUUGGCUGCAAAGCAGAUCUGACGAUGCGACUGUUAGCAGAAAAAGAUUAGAUGAUACGAUUGCUAGAAGAAGGAAUUGA